CAUGCGAUGGGCAAGAAAAACAAGAGGUAUCGAAGACAGCAACAAAAUACGCAGAAGCAAUCUGCUGGUCGUGACAGCGAUCAUGAAAAUAGUGGGAAGCAUUGCCCUCAUGUUUGUAAUGCCGUCAAGUUAAAGAACAUCAAGAAACUGAAGAAAGAGAAUGAGAUUAGAAAUUGUGUGGACUGUCAGAGGGAUUUUAGUCAAAGUCAAGCUACAGGGUCAGAUGAUACAGAUGAUGUCAACGUGGAAGAUAGCGUUACCGUCAGUAACAAUGAAGAUGAGCUAUGUAUUUGCUUGCAAUGUUGUAACUUGGGCUGUUCAAGGAGUUCUAUUAAGCAACACGCAUUAAAGCAUGCUGCUAACUCCAAAGCACAUUGCAUUGCUGUCAAUAUUGCAACUUGGCAAGUUUGGUGCUAUGAAUGUGAUGAUGAUGUUUUGCCUAAUGCAUCUAGUCAGUUGCAUGCUUGUAUUACGCAUCUUCGAAAGAUGCUUGUGUCUAAGAAGGAUGCCGGUUCAGCAUUAGGAAUUAAAAGAAGCCAUGAAUGUGAAGAUGAAGUUGUUACUUUUAGUGCAAUGGACAUGUCUGUUAGGGGUCUUGGGAAUCUUGGAAAUACCUGCUUCUUUAAUGCCGUCAUGCAAAAUCUUCUUCAGACUCCUCUUCUUUUGUUGUGUUUAUCAGAAGAUGCACUGCAAGCUCCACAUGUGUUGAAUCCACCUGAACUGCCACCACUCACUGUUCAGCGUUGCAAGGAAGCAGGCUCCCUAACGUUAGCUUUACAGCAGUUUUUUGUCCAUAUGGCAUCCAGCACACGUGGAGUUGUAAGCCCAAAGCAGCUAUUUGCUGAAGUUUGUAGGAAAGCAGCACGUUUUCGUGGUUUUCAGCAGCAAGACAGUCAGGAGUUGCUGAGGUAUCUUUUAGAUGUGAUGAAGACAGAAGAGAUUCGACGCAUCAAGUUGGGAAUCCUAGAGUGCUUUGGAUCUAAAGAGAAGAAAAGGAUUGAUGGAAUGGAGGAGGAAACUAAGCAAAAGAUUCGAACAUAUGGUCGUUGUGCAACUCGAACGUUUGUAGACAGUGUGUUUGGGGGUGAGCUGGCAAGUACAGUGGUUUGUCAGCAGUGUAAUGACGUGUCUGUGGUGUACGAGUCUUUUCUUGAUUUGUCGCUGUCGUUACAACACGAGUCUGUUCCUGUGGCUGUUUUGCCGAAGAAGGGUGGUAAGAGAGGCGUCCAGGCUGCUGCUGCUGCUGCAUUAUUUCAAGGUGGUAACUCACAGGCAAAUGCGGUUUCUAAACAUAAGCACAAGCAGAUGGCAAAGAAGAAAAGGAAGAAUGCAAAAAAGAAAAACUUUCAGAAAGUGAAAAUGAAUGUGGCAUCACAGUCUGAUCAAGGAGCAGACGAAUCAGGCAGUAGUAGAGACCAGACCAGUCACAUUAUUGUUACUAAUAUGUAUGAAAACAAUGAACAGUUGCAGUCACAAGAUAUUGAUGUCAAGCACACCUUUACUGAACUGCAAAAUGUCAAUGAUUUUACUAACCAAGGAGAUUGCAUGACAGUACAGUCUGUAGGAGGACAACAAGAUGCAGGUGACAGAGACCAAAUAACAGAUGGUGAUCUAAUGAAACCAUCUGAAGAUGAUGGAGAAUGUCAAUGUGUUGUCAAAUCAAAGACAACUGAAUUGCAUGAUGCAGCAGCAAGUAUUACUGAUGGCAAUGUUGAGUGUGUUUCACCUAAACUAGAGCAGUCUAGCGAUACAGACCUUUGCUGCAGUUUUGAAAUAUUACAAAUUCAAGAUAAAGUUAAUGGAAUGAUACAGAAUGCUGAGAAAAUGUUGCAACAGGGAUGUAAAGUUACCGAAACAACAACUGAGGGGAAAGAAAAUGUAAUGUCAAACAGCUACGAUAGUAUUGAUCUACUUUCAGUCCAGGAAAUGGCAUGUGAAGAUGACAACAGAACAUUGAGUGCCAAAACAGUCACUGAAAAUGGUUUUGCAAGACAAAGAAACAUAGAUAUCAUUGAUCAAUUUCAAAUUAAUACUCUAGAGUCCAGUAUUUCAACCACUGGUGCAGCUGAUGAAUUAGAGGGUCUUGCUAAUGCUGACAAAGUAGAUGAUAGUGGUCACUAUGAAAGUAAAGGCAAUGUUGUGCACAACACCAAGCAACUGAAUCUUGGUAUGCAGAUUAGUCAACGGGCAGAAACAGCUGUUUCUGAUGCUAAUGAUGCUAUUACAGAAGUUUUAUGUUCAAAACUGUUGACUGGAACACUUGCUCCUCCGUAUUUACCCAAACAUGGAGAAUUGUCUGUUCAAGCUUGUUUGGCUCGGUUCAGCUCUACAGAGGUAUUAGACGGCAUGAACAAGUUUAGCUGUAAUCAGUGCACAAAGCUUGCUUUAAAGAAACAACAGACUGUUACAGUUGGUGAAGACAACAGCAGUAAAUUUGUUCACUUGGAGCCAGAUGAAGAAAAUGAUAACAUCGAUGACAAAAACACCAUAUCAUCAAUGGAAAACAGUGAUGAUUGUUGUGAGAGCAGUGAUAGUGGCAUGAGUGAAAAUCAAGGUGAUAGACAUGAAUCUGAAACACCAGCAAAGUCACCAUUGGAAACAAAGCCCACAAUGCCUCCUGUGUACACAGUUGCUACGAAACAACUGCUUCUUCAUCGUCUUCCACCAGUGCUUACUCUUCAUUUGAAACGUUUUCAACAGGUCAGGUAUGGUCUCCAAAAGAUCACAGAAGCUGUGCUUUUUCCAUUUAUUCUAGACUUGGCACCUUUCUGCACUGGCAGUUGCAAGACUCCAGCCAAUGAAGAAGGUCGUAUUCUGUACUCUUUGUAUGGUAUUGUGGAACAUGUUGGAACAUUACGAAGUGGUCAUUAUACCGCAUAUGUUAAACUUCGUUCAUCACCAUGCCAACUGAAUCAUAAACAAGAUAUUCCAGAAUUAAAUGAAGUUGUGGUUGAAAGCAAGGCUGUGGCAACUGGCACAGAAAGUAAUUGGUAUCAUAUCAGUGACUCCAAAGUUAGUUGUGUGAGUGAAGACCGAGUUAGGUCAAGUCAAGCUUACAUUCUUUUUUAUGAAAGACUGAAUUAACCUUGAGGUUUCUAAUGAAGUUAUUGAUUAGUUGUCGAAUGACUAAAUGACUAGCUGAAUAAGAUUUGUCUGAUUGGUUGCAUAUUG